AUGCCUCCGAUACAGGGUGUCAUCCUAGAAACAUUUGGGUCAGGAAACGCUCCACAACGUGGCGACUUGAUGAAUAUUCUGAAGGAAGCAUGUCAGCGAGGAGUUGUUGUUGUAGCCAUUACUCAAUGCACUAGAGGCUCGGUCUCUGAUGCCUACGAAACAGGUCGAACGUUACUCCAGACGGGGGUCGUUCCCGGAGGUGACAUGUCACCAGAGUGCGCUCUUGUUAAGCUUGCUUACCUACUCUCCAAGUCCGAAUUCUCUGUUGACGAGGUUCGGAAACUGAUGGGUGUACCAUUAAGAGGAGAACUUACCCGGCCGUCGAGUGCUGCGCCCCCUUCACAAUUGACUAUCGAAAAGAACCUGGAAAACCUUCAAGGCGUACUGUCUCGAUUUAUUGGCCUGUCUCAGUCCAUUCCGUCGUUCUCUAACAUUCCUUCCAUCGUGAUAUCGGACGUUGCGAGUGUUCCAAAGGAAGCCGCAGCUCCAUGGUCCUGGACGGCUUCUGAAGCGUCCUCGACUGAGGCCGUGCUUUUUCCGUUCUUGAUACACCUUGCCGUUGCCAAGAAUGACAUCGAAAUUCUCAAGUACUGCCUCAAAUCUGGAGGACGUCCCGAAGAUACUCAUGUUUCAGAGACGCCAAGGUCCAGCAACGUCGCGGGAGGAUUAUUGAACUGCCUCGAGCCUGGUUCGGGGAAAACACCACUUCAUAUCGCCGCACUCAACGGAUACACAAUUUGCAUGGACUUCUUGCUGCACUCGGGCGCUCUAGUUCACCUGCGGGACAGUCUCGGACACACUCCUUUGUAUUAUGCCGCCCGGCAGAAUCAUCUCGGUUGCGUGACUAUGUUGACGCAAGCAGGAGCUACCCUCAGUGGGACUGACGGGGUAUUCGCUAGAAUGGCCGUGAAUGCUACAAACUCCGGCGACACGGAAGAGAGCUCGAUGAAAACCUGGUUGGCAGCGGGAUACCAUCAAUCCCGCAGCUCGAGCCCCGUCCAGAAGUGCCUUGAACAGAAUAUUUGA